GCACUCGGUGCAGAACUUUGAGGACGGGAAAAGAAAUCGCUCUGAACACCAGCUGAGUCCUUUCAGAUGGAAAACAUUUAUACAUAUAAAUGAUGCGAUCCAAAGUGUAUUUGAACAGCGGUGAAACAAUUUCUUAUGAUGUGUUACAUUCAUACGAGCAGACAGACAAGUAAGUAUGAAGCCUCCAAAAUGAAAUACAAAAUUAGACCAGCACGGUUGCAAACCAGUCACGGAAAGUAUGUGUGCGUUCAACGCAAGCGCACAACAGCAACUCAUCAGAUGAUCGAGGAUUAUUGUCAGGUCAACGACUGUGGAAACACUGGUAAAGUCACUGUGUAUGAGGAGAAAGAGGAUACCCACAAAAUGGCUUUCUGCUUUGAGGUGGAAAAAAAGUCCAUUUUCCCCAUUAUUAAAACAGACUCUGGUAGUAGGGGUGAAAUCGGCUUUAAGGUAUUGACAGGAAAAAAGAAGUUUACUUUUGACAAAACCUUCUUGUUUCAAUGGGGUGAAGAGGAGGGGGACUGGAAGAGCUUAAAGUCAAUAGCUGAACCCAGCACGUACCUGUGCGUUAAAAAGGGCAAAGUGAUGACCAGCUCACAACGCUUGCCACAUUUUAGAAUGGACAAAUUAGAAAAUGAGGAACCAAAAAAGCUAAGAGGCAAACCACGAAGACUGUACAAAUGCUUUGCAGUUAAGGGAGAGCUGAAAACUUUUCGCAACUUUUCAUCAACAAAAGGGUCCUAAUCCAUUUGUAUCAGCUACACUGUCUUUUUCUUUGAGGGAACCAGGAUGUUGAGAAGUUCAAGUGAAAAUGGAGCAUUUUCUUUUUAAGGCAUGCAAUUUUAUCCCGUUCUGCCCCAGUUUUCCUUUUUGUCAUAAUCUACUAAUUAUUACUGAAAUAGAGUUAUUAAAUCUAAAAUUAGGCCAAAUGAUGCAUUAUCUAUUGUGUCCAGGAGACCAAACUAUUAAGUGUUCACUCAAGUAAUAAACAAAAUACAUUACCGGUCAAAAGUUUUUAAACACUUACUCAUUCUUUGUUAUAAUUUUUUUUCCACAUUUUAGAAUAAUAGUAAAGUCAUCAAAACUAUGGAAUAACAUAAAUGGAACUAUGGGAAUUAUGUUGUGACUAAACAAAAUCCAAAACUGUGUUGUAUUUUAUCAUCUUCAAAGUAGUCACCCUUUGCCUAGAAUUUGCAGACAUGUACUCGACAUUUUCUCAACCAACUUCUUGAGGUAUCACCCUGGGAUGAUUUUUAAACAGUAUUGAAGGAGUUCCCAUCUAUGUUGGGCACUUAUUGGCUGCUUUUCUUUAUUAUUUGGUCCAAGUCAUCAAUUAAAAAAAAUAAUAAUAAAUUAAUUACAUUUUAGUUUUGUAAUUAAAUAAAUUAAUAUGUUGGCACAAUUAUAUUUUUGUCUACAAAACUAAUUUCAAACAGUUAAGCGUACACCUUCAGAUCAACAGUUUUUUAAGAUCAUGAGAAACAUUUCAGUCAAGUGUUUCAAACGUUUUGACCAGUAGUGUAUAUAGGGUUCAAUGGGGCUAAAGGCACACCUUAAGGAAAAAUGGCUUUUUUCUGGUUACAAAGUAUAUCGAGGUAUAAAAAAAAAAAAUAAAAAAAAAAAAAUACAUUAAUCUUAUUGAAUAUCAGGGUAUUCUGGGUAGCUCAGUGAGUAAAGACGCUGACUGCCACCCCUGGAGUUGCAAGUUCAAAUCCAGGGCAUGCUGAGUGACUCCAGCCAGGUCUCCUAAGCAACCAAAUUGACCCAGUUGCUAGGGAGGGUAGAGUCACAUGGGGUAACCUCCUCGUGGUCGCUAUAAUGUGGUUCGCUCUCGGUGGGGCGCGUGGUGAGUUAUGCAUGGAUGCGUGGAGAAUAGCAUGAAGCCUCCACAUGCGCUAUGUCUCCACGGUAACGUGCACAACAAGCCAUGUGAUAAAAUGCGUGGAAUGCCUCAGAUGCAGAGGCAACUACGCCACCACGAGGACUUAGAGCGCAUUGGGAAUUGGGCAUUCCAAAUUGGGGAGUAAAAGGGGAGAAAAAAAAGUUUUUUGUUUUUUUAAAGUGGCGAGGGGGCCUUUUACCCCACUCUUGGGGUAAUAGGCCCCCAGGGGGUUUAUAGUGAUAUCGUGUAGAUAUAGGGGAGAUAGUUAUAGGGCAAAACUUGUCAAAUAAUGCUAAUACUUUUGAGACAACAAGAUGCUUUUUACAGUAACAAAUUAAGAUAAUGCUUAUUUAAAAUAUUUCAGAAAAGGGUGCGCCAUUUUCCGCUAAUGUGAGUCACAUUUGGCAUUUCAUAACAUCUUAAGUAUACUAUAAACCAAUUAAUCUCCAUUGUGAUUGGAUCAUUCAAUGUGAGUCCACUUUGAAUGUUCUUCAUUUCCCCAUUUAAGAAAAACAAUGUGUUAUAUUGGGGCCUUUAGCCACUGCAACAGGAGGCUUUUUACCCCAAAUACUUUCCUUUUACUUAUUGGACAGUUAUUACACAACUUUUGAUUUAAUCACCUUGAACAAAACUGAAAACGACAAAUAAGUAUUUUUUCACAAAAUACUCUUUUUUUUUUUUUUUAAUAAACAAGCUUGCAAAUUUGCCAGGAUUAUACAGGACCUUGAUUUGUUCGAAAAUUUAUAAAAAGAAGACCCCUUUGUUUUGUUUUUUACAUUUUAAAUUGUAAAUAUGCCUUGCUUUACUAUUUAUUCAUUUGCACUCAUAUUGCAUUCCAAUAUAAAUGUAUAUUUCUAUUGGGUUUAAUAAAAAAAUUAAAAAUUAAAAAAACAAUAGAGUAUUGAAAGGCACCCUCGAUUAACCAGUUAGAACUCAGUCAAGGGUUACUUCUGGUGGCGAGGGAGUGGAGAUGCAGGCUCAGAUGUCGCAUUGGGAAGAAUUGCAAAGAAUAAAAACACUUUUGAAACAGAAAAACAAAAAGAAAAGGUUAGAGUGGGCAAAGAAACUGGAAAAGAGUGUUAUGGAUCUUAACCCCAUUGAGCUUUUGUGGGAUCAGCUAGACUGUAAGGUGUGUGAGAAGUGCCCGACAAGACACAUCUAUGGCAAGUGCUACAGGAAGUGUGGGGUGAAAUGUCACCUGAGUAUCUGGACAAACUGACAGCUAGAAUGCCAAUGAUCUGCAAAGCUGUCUAUACAUUGUGACCUGCUGAAUGCAACUUUGGUGAAUAAAAGUACCAAUUUCUUUCCAUCAGAGCAAAAUCUGUACAUUAUUCCAAACUAUUGGCCUCCAGUGUAUCUACUGAUGUUUUCCUUUUUUAAGUAUAGGGAUAGUACGUUCAAAUAUGAAAAUGCUGUUAUCAUUUUCUCACCCUCUUGUUCUUACUUACCCGUAUGAAUUUAGUAUCUUUGUGCAGGUGAAACAUGUAAGCAAAUAUGAUGCAAAAAAUAUUGAAUGACUUAAAAAAUUUGCAUUUAUUCAGAUUUUAUGUGUUCAAGUGUAGGCAGAGAAUACUGUGCUGGAUAGAAUAAACAUUAUGGUGUUCAGCUGACAUUGUAAUCUACUAAUGCACUAUCAGAUUUCCUAAUAAACAAAUUCUGUAGCAA